AACUGUUCCCUCGAGUCGCGCUUUUUAUUUUUUUUAACUGAAGAAAUAUUUGACGACAAAAGCGACUGAUCUGACGACGAACGGGAGGGUGAUACAUUUGAUCUCGCGUCGGCCGGAAACGAUCUCUGACUGAUGAACCGUAUACGCGUGCAAGGCACUGAUUGAUCCAGCGCAUCGACCGUGUCGUUAUGUCAAAAACAGCGUCCUCGGGUGUCGGUGCUUUGAAACUUUCUUUCAGAUGAGUGGAGCGUCUUUUUCCUAUUCUUGCUUCUUGGUUCCAGUUCGAUGCCUUGUUUCAGUAUUGCCAAGCCCAUUUAUUGAGUUUGGUUCGACAGCAAGGUUGUUGUCAUUUGGCCACUUCUUCCCUUUAAAUUCUGUUUUGCAGAACCACCGAGGAGAAAUACUGAAGGCUUCUCGUCUUAUGUGCCUGCAACAUUUCUCCUCUUCUUGUACGUGAAUCUUGGUGCUUGGAUUUGGAUCACUGGGUUCAAGUCUCGCUGAGGUUCAUAUCACUUUCUCUCGUUAGGGUUUCGUUGCGUGCUAUCGACAUCGAGUUUGAUGGUGUUUCAGAAACAAUGUUUUUGAGUAGAUAUCAAGGAAUCGACGUUACUGUCCGUUGCCGAUGCCGGACAUGAUAGAAUUGCCGCCCAUGGUCGUCUAAAAUCCACUCGACCUAGAAGUCCCGUCGAAUUUGGUAAUGGUGCUGCAGUUGAACAUCUUCAUUAUCUUGAACACAUCUUCUACGAGAGUCUAAACCCUAAAAUUCCUUAUUUCCUCGUAUCAAGCAGCACGGCGUAAAUUGUCAUCUGUCUAACUCAGUAAAGAUCGAGUAACAUUAAGACGUCGACGGGUGGCAUUCAGCGUUCUACGUGGUGCUCCUGUCACCGCAUUUCCAUACGAUGGCACGAGAAAGCAUGAAGGCACUGGAAGAGACGGGGUGUCAGCCACCUGAAGGACCCAUACUUUGUGCGAAGAAUUGUGGUUUCUAUGGCACCGCAGACGCCAUGAAUCUUUGCUCCAAGUGCUACCAAAUGCUGGCAGCCCCAGCGGCAUCCAACGCAACUCCUGCUUCUGAUACCGAUAUGCUUAGGUCUGAGAGUGAAUCGACAACUCAGUUUACCAGACAGAAUAAUGAGCACAGUGGGUGUGCCACAGAGGCACCACCGGUAGGUGAGACAUCGAAUGCGACCACGAGUGGAGGGUCGUCAUCGACAGCGACGGCAGUUGUGGCAGACGACCCUACGAAACGAAGCUCUCAUGGACCGAAACGCUGCUUUUCUUGCCGGAAGCGAGUGGGAUUGACAGGCUUCGACUGCAAGUGUGGUAACUUGUACUGCUCACUCCAUCGCUACUCCGACAAGCACAAUUGCACUUUCGAUUACAAGACUGCUGGACGUGACGCGAUUGCGCAGGCAAAUCCUGUGGUAAAAGCCGAUAAGAUAGAGAAAGUUUGAAAGCAAUUUACGUUAUUGCAGGAAGGGCAUUCCAAUGUCAGUCUUAUUUCGGUUGGAUGAACCCUAAACCUGACCAUCAGCUUAUUCAAAAUAAACAUGUGUUCGAGAAAGCACGCACACUCUUCAUGAUGCUGCUUGUACAUGAUCAAAAACCUAGAGAGAGUCACAACACAUUGUGCAUCCGUACCGCAUCGACCACAAACAGCGAGAGGGUCGAUACAUGCAGGGCUUCCUCGUUGUGCAGCAAGGUCUGGAUUUGAGAUGUAGCUGUCGCAAGGUACAUCUCUAGGAAUCCUGGAUUUUAUGUUCCUUUCCGCAAAUCUAGAAUAAAGACAAGUUGCUCUUGCCAAAGUGAUUAAUUCCAUAUUCUUCUCUCUUCAGAAAUAAUCCGUCCCCGCUUCGUUAGGAUUAAAUAAGAUCGAAGCAAAACUAUGUUCACCAGCUUCUCAAAAUUUAGAGUUGGCACGGAGUCAGAAUUGGAACCGUGAAACAUUUCCAAGAAGUUUGGAAUCUUCAGGGUUGCUUGAAUCCUUCGACAUUCAAUUUGAGAUACAUUCUAUAUUUUACAUCUAAGAAAUGAGAACUUACUAAAACUUCCGCUUUAUAAAUCCAUUAACAGCAGAUACAACAGAAAAAUUGAUCACUUCCAAAAUAAAUUUCUUUUCUUCGC